GUAAAAUGGUAGGAAAACUUUCAAUUGCUGACAAAAAGCAACUAGAACGUUAUAUACAAGCGGGUCCAAAACAGUUUGGUUUGUUAUACAGCUUUACUAGGGAUGGUGCAGAUGCAUCCGUUUUCCAUCGACUUUGCGACAAUCAAGGCCCAACAGUAACUGUCAUUUAUAACACUCAAGGUACAGUGUACGGAGGGUACACCGAGCUAAGUUGGACUUCAAGUGGGAAAUACUAUAAAGAUGAUCAUGCUUUUUUAUUUCGUCUUUAUCAAAAUGGCAAAAAUAAUCCGAUGAAAUUUCCAGUGAAAAAGCCAGAUAAUGCCAUUUACUGCGUUAACACCAAUGGACCGAUAUUUGGAGCAGGGUAUGACGUGAACACCUUUAAUUCAACCCUUCCCAUUCAAAACAAUCAGUUCACUUUAAACGGAGGAUUUAAUUUUGGCAGUGCCUAUGACAUGGGUUCAUGUUCUAUAGAGCAGUUUUGUAACAACAUCAAAACAGUCACAGACUUAGAGGUUUACAGCGUGUCUGAUACAUCGUUAUUACCACCCUGGAGAGAGAUUGGAGGUUGGGAACAUCAGGAUUUAGAAGUUUUGGAGAACGAAAUUGAUGCCUGGACACCACCACAUGGAAUUAAACUGAAAACUUCAAACAUUCUCUUCCUUGGUCCGGUUGGUGCUGGGAAAUCAAGUUUCUUUAAUACAAUUUCUUCAAUAUUUCGAGGUCAUGUGACUGGACAGGCUGUUUGCGGUAGUGCAGAACAGAGUAUCACAUCGAAGUACCGCAUGUAUCGUGUGCGGGGGUCCGCUCUGACAAAGCCAAUGAAAUUUAGACUGUGUGACACGAGAGGGAUUGAAGAAAAUCAAGGUAUGGAUGGUACGGAGCUCAAUUACCUUCUGGAGGGAAAUGUUCCAAAUGGAUACCAGUUUAACCCAUCAACCCCGAUUUCUCCCGACACAACUGGAUUUGUCGCCUCACCGACAUUGAACCAUAAAAUUCAUUGUGUUUGCUUCAUAAUAGAUGGAAGCACAGCGUCAGUAAUGUCAGAGAAAAUGUUGGAAAAGAUAAAGGCUCUUCAGACUAAAGUUCGACAGAAAG